UACAAUUACGAUGCUGUUCAAGAUGUGGAGCUCUCCUUGCAAGUUGGCGAUACUGUUCACAUUUUGGAGAUGUAUGAAGGCUGGUACCGAGGAUACACCCUCCGAAAUAAAUCUAAGAAGGGCAUUUUCCCAGAAACAUACAUCCACUUAAAAGAGGCAAUUGUGAAGGACCGAGGACAACAUGAAACAGUAAUUCCAAGUGAAUUGCCCCUUGGACAAGAACUCACUUCUACCCUGAGGGAGUGGGCAGUUAUCUGGCACAAGUUAUAUGUGGAUAACAAGACCACACAGUUUCGGCAUGUCCAACAGAUGACUUACAGCCUGAUAGAAUGGCGGUCACAGAUACUGUCUGGGACCCUUCCCAAAGAUGAGCUAGCUGAGCUCAAGAAGAAGGUCACUGCUAAGAUUGACUAUGGCAACAGAAUCCUAGGUUUGGACCUGGUUGUACGAGAUGACAAUGGGAACAUUUUGGACCCAGAUGAAACCAGCACAAUCUCUCUCUUCAAGUCCCAUGAAACUGCAUCCAAAAGGAUUGAUGAAAGAAUCCAGGAAGAGAAGUCCCUGCAACAGAAUUUGGACCUCCGAGGGCAGCCAGUAUUCAACACAACACAUACAUAUAGCCUGUAUGUAAACUUCAAGAAUUUUGUCUGCAAUAUUGGAGAAGAUGCAGAGUUGUUAAUGAGCCUCUAUGAUCCUGAUCUCUCCAAAUUCAUCAGUGAAAAUUACCUGGUUCGUUGGGGCAGUAAUGGGAUGCCUAAAGAAAUUGAGAAACUAAAUAACCUUCAAGCAGUCUUUACUGAUUUAAGCAGUUCUGACUUGAUCAAACCAAAAAUCAGUUUGGUGUGUCAGAUUGUGAGGGUGGGGCACAUGGAGCUGAAAGAUGGGAAGAAACAUACCUGUGGACUCCGGAGGCCUUUUGGUGUGGCAGUGAUGGACAUAACUGAUAUCAUACAUGGAAAGGUGGACGAUGAGGAAAAGCAACAUUUUAUUCCAUUUCACCAUGUGAUCGGAGAAAAUGAGCCCCUCACUUCUGUCUUCAACAAAGUCAUCGCUGCAAAGGAAGUGAAUCAUAAAGGGCAAGGUCUCUGGGUCUCCCUGAAACUGCUUCCUGGUGAUCUAGCGCAGGUUCAAAAGGAUUUUUCCCACCUUGUAGACAGAUCAACUGCUGUGGCUCGCAAAAUGGGAUUUCCUGAGAUAAUCCUUCCUGGUGAUGUUCGAAAUGAUAUCUAUGUCACCCUGAUACAAGGGGAGUUUGACAAAGGGAAGAAGAAGACUCCCAAGAACGUAGAAGUCACCAUGUCUGUACAUGAUGAAGAUGGAAAUCUCCAAGAGAAAGCUAUCCAUCCUGGUGCCGGUUAUGAAGGUGUCUCCGAAUAUAAGUCUGUUGUUUAUUAUCAAGUCAAGCAACCUUGCUGGUAUGAAACUGUAAAGGUGUCCAUUGCAAUAGAAGAAGUCAGUCGUUGCCAUUUGAGGUUCACUUUCCGUCAUCGGUCAUCACAGGAAUCUAGGGAUAAAUCUGAGAGAGCUUUUGGCAUGGGCUUUGUGAAGUUGAUGAAUGCAGAUGGAACAACACUGCAAGAUGGCAAACACAAUUUGAUUGUUUAUAAGGGUGAUAACAAGAAAAUGGAAGAUGCUAAAUGCUACUUAACUCUUCCUUGUACCAAAACGGAGAUGGAGGAGAAGGAGGCCCCCUCGGGGAAAAACCUGCACCAUCUAGCCAACUUCACACCCACUAAAGAUAGUACGAAAGACAGCUUCCAGAUUGCCACUUUGAUCUGUUCCACCAAACUUACCCAGAACGUUGACCUGCUGGGUUUGCUGAACUGGCGUUCUAACUCUCAGAACAUAGCUCACAACCUAAGGAAGCUAAUGGAGGUGGAAGGAGGAGAAAUUGUAAAGUUUUUGCAAGACACUCUUGAUGCACUUUUCAACAUAAUGAUGGAAAUGUCAGAGAAUGAAACUUAUGACUUCCUUGUGUUUGAUGCACUGGUAUUUAUUAUUUCUUUGAUUGGAGACAUCAAGUUCCAGCAUUUCAACCCUGUACUUGAAACUUAUAUUUACAAGCACUUCAGUGCAACCCUGGCAUAUGUGAAACUUACCAAAGUACUGAACUGUUAUGUGGGAAAUGCUGAUGACUCCAGCAAGACGGAAUUGCUAUUUGCUGCACUGAAAGCCUUGAAGUACCUUUUUCGAUUCAUUGUUCAGUCACGUAUAUUGUACCUGAGGUUUUAUGGGAAAAGUGAAGAUGGGGAUGAAUUUAAUGAUGCAAUACGCAAGCUGUUCCUCUCCUUCAAUGUCCUCAUGGACCGGCCGUUAGAGGAGGCUGUCAAGAUUAAGGGUGCAGCUUUAAAGUAUUUGCCAAACAUCAUAAAUGAUGUCAAACUAGUAUUUGACCCUGUUGAGCUCAGCGUCCUCUUCAGCAAGUUUAUCCAAAGUAUUCCUGACAACCAGUUAGUUCGACAGAAGCUAAACUGCAUGACCAAGAUAGUCGAAAGUGAUCUGUUUAAACAGUCCGAGUGCAGAGAUGCUCUUCUGCCGCUACUAAUAGAUCAGCUAAGUGGCCAGUUGGAUGACAAUUCAAACAAGCCUGACCAUGAGGCCUGCUCACAGCUACUUAGCAAUGUUCUUGAAGUCCUGGAUCGGAAAGAUGUGGGGCCCACUGCUGUCCACAUCCAGCUCAUCAUGGAACGCCUGCUAAGGAGAAUAAACCGCACGGUGAUUGGAAUGAGCAGACAGUCUCCACACAUCGUGAGAGGUAUUUUUGUGGCCUGCAUGACAGCCAUCCUGAGGCAGAUGGAUGAUUUCCAUUACAACCAUUACAUCAAUACUUUCAAAACCAGGCAGGACAUUAUUGACUUUCUGAUGGAAACAUUCAUUAUGUUUAAGGAUCUGAUUGGUAAAAAUGUCUAUGCAACUGACUGGAUGGUCAUGAAUAUGAUGCAGAGCAGGGUUUUCCUCCGGGCGGUGAACCAAUUUACUACUGUACUCAACCGUUUCUUUUUGGAUCAAGCAAAUUUUGAACUCCAGCUCUGGAAUAACUAUUUCCAUUUGGCAGUAGCCUUUCUCACUCAUGAAUCCCUCCAGCUGGAGACCUUCUCACAAGCCAAACGCAACAAAAUUAUCAAGAAGUAUGGGGACAUGAGGAAAGAAAUUGGCUUCAAAAUAAGGGAUAUGUGGUAUAACCUGGGUCCCCACAAAAUAAAAUUCAUUCCAGCAAUGGUAGGCCCAAUCCUGGAGGUAACCCUGGUCCCAGAGCCUGAGCUACGGAAAGCUACCAUUCCCAUCUUCUUUGAUAUGAUGCAGUGCGAGUUUAACUUCAGCGGGAACAGAAACUUCCAUAUGUUUGAAAAUGAGUUGAUAACCAAGCUGGACCAGGAAGUGGAGGGUGGCCGAGGGGAUGAACAGUACAAGAUUUUGCUGGAGAAACUCCUCCUGGAGCACUGUCGGAAGCAUAAAUAUCUGUCUGCUUCUGGAGAGGUGUUUGCUUUGCUGGUCAGCAGCCUGCUAGAGAACCUGCUGGACUACAGGACAAUCAUGCACGAUGAAAGCAAGGAGAACCGCAUGAGCUGCACUGUCAAUGUGCUGAAUUUUUAUAAGGAGAAGAAACGAGAGGACAUUUAUAUCAGGUAUCUAUAUAAACUCCGGGACCUGCACACAGACUGUGAGAACUUCACAGAGGCAGCAUAUACUCUCCUCCUCCAUGCAGAGCUGCUCCAGUGGUCCGAGAAGCCAUGUGUCCCUCACCUCCUGCAGAGGGACAGCUACUAUGUCUACUCACAACAAGAACUCAAGGAAAAACUCUACCAAGAAAUUAUCUCCUUCUUUGACAGGGGCAAAAUGUGGGAAAAAGCCAUUCAACUAAGCAAAGAGUUGGCUGACAUGUAUGAAAACAAGGUCUUUGAUUAUGAGGGACUCGGUAAUCUCCUGAAACAAGCUACGUUUUAUGAGAAUAUUAUGAAGGCAAUGAGACCUCAACCAGAGUACUUUGCUGUUGGAUACUAUGGUCAGGGUUUCCCUUCUUUCCUCCGGAAUAAAAUCUUCAUCUACCGUGGCAAGGAGUAUGAACGAAGGGAGGACUUCAACCUGAAGCUAUUGACCCAGUUUCCUAGUGCUGAGAAGAUGACCAGCACUGCUGCUCCAGGGGAAGAGAUCAAGACUUCUCCUAAACAGUAUGUGCAGUGCUUUAUUGUGAAGCCUGUGAUGAACCUGCCACCUAAUUAUAAAGAUAAACCUGUUCCUGAACAGAUCUUAAACUAUUACAGAGCAAACGAGGUGCAGCAGUUCACACACUCCCGACCAGUCAGGAAAGGACAAAAAGAUCCAGACAAUGAGUUUGCUAAUAUGUGGAUAGAAAGGACAACCUACAAGACAGCAUAUUCAUUUCCAGGCAUCCUCAAGUGGUUUGAGGUCAAACAGAUUACAACGGAGGAGAUCAGUCCCUUGGAGAACGCCAUAGAAACGAUGGAGCUAACCAAUGAGAAAAUCAGCAACAUUGUCCAACAGCAUGUCUGGGACCGGAGCCUUCCUGUACACCCUCUCUCUAUGCUCCUGAAUGGGAUUGUGGACCCAGCGGUCAUGGGGGGAUAUACCAACUACGAAAAGGCCUUUUUCACAGAGAAGUAUCUUCAAGAACAUCCUGAAGAUCAGGAUAAAAUUGAACUGCUUAAGCAAUUAAUUGCUCUACAGAUGCCGUUGUUGGCAGAAGGGAUUAGGAUCCAUGGCGAGAAGCUGACAGAACAGCUGAAGCCUCUGCAUGACAGACUGACAGCCUGUUUCAAAGAGCUGAAGAAGAAGGUGGAGAAGCAGUAUGGUGUGAUCACUUUGCCUCCCUCCCUCACUGAAAGGAAACAGAGCAGGUCAGGCUCUGUCGUGUUGCCCUAUAUCAUGUCUUCCACGCUGAGACGGCUCUCUGUCACAUCUGUGGCGUCUUCUGUGGUCUCUACAUCUUCCACGUCAUCUGAUAGCACUUCCUCCAGACCAGGUUCAGAUGGAUCUAUUCUGGAGCCUCUCUUGGAGAGAAGAAUAUCAACAGCUUCCAGAGCUGAGGAACUGCCCAUGAAAGAUGAUGGUGAUAACCGGAUUAGCAAACUCAAGCGGAAGGACUGGAGUAUUAGCAAGUCUCAGGUUAUUGUAGAGAAGGAGCCAGAAACGGAACUGACUUCCAAAAUGGGCAUGUCAGGAAAAGCACAAAGGCCAAAGAGUCUUCAAUUAGGAGACAACAGACUGACUUUGCUUCAGAGUUCUUCACUCCAGCAAUCAAUGACUCGCAGCCCACCACCGAUCACUCCCAAAACCCCAAGAACCCAAAGUUUUCCCUCACUGCAAGCUGAUGGAUUGGCAACUGCUAGCUUACAGAGCACGCCACCCCCACCUCCGCCCAAGAGCAAACCCUAUGAGAACAGCAACCCGAGGAAUUCUGUGGAGGUUGCUCCACCACUACCCAGCAGACGUGAAGCCAAACCUCCCCCGCCGCCCCCAAAAACCAGAAAAUCCAGCGUUGUCUCUUCAGAGCAAGGAUUGCAGUGA